AUGAAUUCCGACGAGGAAAGCUUGUAUGAUCCUGAAGCUGCUGAGGAAACGACUCAAGUACUAGAUGCAACUGCAAUUGCCGUGCGCAACAACGGCGACACACCGUCUACCGCAACCGCACAUAGUAGUAGUCAAGACGAGGAAACGGCUAGUAAAGAUGAUGUACCAGUUUCAACCGACAACACACUAUAUGCAGCGCCCCGCAGACGUUGGUUCAUAUUAGAGCCCGCAGUGUUUUUGGUUUUUCUUGCCAUGUAUUUAUCAGGGGCGGUAUAUCAAAACCAGGUUCUAUAUCAGACUUGUGUUGCUGUAUAUAAAUAUAACGAGAGUGAUUGCCAGCCGCUGUUGGGUGUUAGCAGGGAAACAAAGGAGGCGGAGGAGAUCGAAACUCGCGUCCAACCAUACGUUGCGCGUAUACUGAUGGCGCGCUCGCUCUUGGAAAGCAUCAUACCGGCAUUUGUUAGCUUAUUUGUCGGUCCAUGGUCGGAUAAGUUUGGACGACGCCCAAUUAUACUGGCCACAUAUACGGGUUACCUCACCGGCUGCAUAAUUUUGACGAUUUUAGCUUUUAUUUCGACCAAAGUUGUUAUCAGCCCUUGGCUAUUUCUACUAUCUUCAGUACCCUCGGUGAUUAGUGGUGGCACCUGUGCGCUAAUUACCGGUAUAUAUUGCUAUAUUUCGGAUGUGGCCAAGGAGAAAGCUCGAGCCGUGCGCAUGGUGCUGAAUGAGGCAUCACUAUUGGCCGGCAUGAUGUUUGGCAAUGUUUUGAGCGGCUAUGUAUACGCAGCUACAAAUGUAGUGACCGUGUUCGCCAUUUCAGCGCUGCUGAUGUUACUCGCCUUAUUAUAUGUGUUCAUAUUUGUGGUGGAAAGUCUGCGACCCGAUCAAAUACACACGGGUUCCAAAAUACGCGAAUUCUUCCGUUUUGAUUUGGUGAAGGAUUUAGUGCACACUUGCUUCGAACGACGACCCAGCUACGAUCGCGCCAUCAUUUGGCUUACAAUGAUUACACUGACCAUUGCGUUAUUCACGAUGGAGGGUGACAGCAAUGUGACGUAUCUCUUCUUCCGCGCGAAAUUCGAAUGGACGCUGAAGGAUUAUACGCUCUUCAAUGCAGCGCGCAUCGUUGUACAAAUAAUUGGCAGCAUUUUUGGCUUAAUUUUAUUGCGCAAGGUUUUAAAAUUCUCAAUCGUCUCAAUGACUAUGCUAUCGCUGGCUUGUUGUGUAUUGGAGAGCACUGUACGCGCCACUGCCAUGUAUUGGUGGGAGCUCUAUCUGGGCAUGGUGCUCGGUGGCAUGCGCGGCAUAAUGGGUCCUAUGGCACGUGCCAUACUCUCGCAUGUAGCGCCACCAACGGAAGUUGGUAAAAUAUUCGCAUUCACCACUUCGUUGGAGUCGCUUUCACCGCUCGGCGCUGCGCCGCUCUACACGACGGUUUAUAACGCAACAAUCGGUUUUUAUCCAGGCAUUUUCAAUUUCAUCAGCGCCGGUCUUUAUUUGCUUUGUUUCACACUGAUUGCCGUAAUUUACAGCAUUCAAAAGUCGUUGGGCAAUACGGCGGCUUAUCAAGCGAUUGGCAGUUAAAAAUUAUGUCACAAAGUUAUGAAAUACAUACACAUAUACGUAUAUAUUGUAUAAAUUGCUUUUUUGUUUGUAAUUAACGUAUGAUAAAGUUUAUACGUACAUUGUUAGCUAAUUGUCGCAUGUGAUGUGGAAAUACUUGCUAAGUAUUAUUUUAAAGAUUUUAAAGUGUAAAAUAAACAGGAAACGAAAAUUUAUAGAACGUUAUAUAAAAUAUAUAUUUUUAUAGCAAAAAUGUGUAUAGUUUUCGAAACAUUUUUUUCCGACGAUAUUAGUAGUUCUAAGCUAUAAUUAUGUAAGAAAUCUCAAAUUACAUAGCAAUCUGCAGUAUUUAAGCAAAUAAGCAACAUAUCUAAAUUCUGUCAAGUAAAAUGUAAAAUAUUUUAUAGAGCGUGCUUCCACUAAUAUAAAGUUCAAUUUCACGCCUAUUUGGAAGUUAUAAUUUUUGAAAAUAAGUUUUGAGAUACAUAUAUUUGUUUGUCACAAAAAAGCUACUGUUUUCGGAGAUAAAGGCUUAUAUUCGAAUUAAAAAAAAUCUGUAAAUACAUAUAUACCAAAACACGACCCAGUAAAAAUGUUUAAUAAAUGCAUA